AUGUCUUUGCCGAAAACUACAAAAGGCUGGGUUGUCAUGGGCAAGGGCAACUUCGGUAACCUCAAGUUUGACACCCAACAGCCUCUUCCCGAGCUCUCCGACAAUGAAGUGCUGGUCAAGUUCCAUGCAGCUUCUCUCAACUUCCGCGACAUCAUGAAAGCCCAGGGCACUUAUCCUUUUGAUGUCAAGGAAAACAUCAUUCCAGGAUCUGAUGGUGUGAGAGAAAUCGUGGCGAUCGGAAAAAAGGCCACCCGCUUUCAGAAAGGGUCCAAAGUCUUGGGACUGGCGGUCGGUGGCACUGUUGACGGCACUCUACGGGAGUACGGUGUUUUCAACGAGAACGGAGUCGUGGAGAUGCCCAGGAACCUCAACUACCUGGAGGCUGCAAGGCUGUCUUGCAGUGCCCUCACGGCGUGGAAUGCUCUCUACGGGCUCAAGGCAGUCCUUCCCGGCGACUGGAUCUUGGCACAAGGCACUGGUGGUGUCAGCAUCUCUGCUUUGCAGUUCGCAAAGGCUGCGGGUGCCCGAGUCGUUGCCACGACGUUCUCAGCUGCCAAGGCUCAGAGGCUGAGAGACCUAGGAGCCGACCACGUCAUCAACUACAAGGCGAAUCCGAACUGGGGAGAGGAAGCCAAGAGGCUCAUCGAAGGGGGUGUUGACCAUAUCCUCGAGUUUGGCGGUGCGCACACUAUCGCACAAAGCCUCAGUGCUGUUAAAAUCAAUGGCAUCAUCACCAUCAUCGGUUGGAUUGGUGGACCGGGAGAAACCGGACCGAGCUUCGGCCAAACUCUGUCCAGCAUGGCUACCAUCAGGGGAAUCGUCGUUCGCGCAAUUGAAGCUUCCGACUUCAAACCCGUUCUCGACGAACAGCUCUUCAAGCUCGAGGGGCUCAAGGAUGCUUACCGGCAUCUGGUAGACCAGAAGUAUUUCAACAAAGUUGCUAUUGAGAUUGGAUAG